GUAUGGGAGGAAGGCAAGCUGGUGAAGGCAGUGAGGAACCCAGGACCCACCACACCAGUGUAGGUUCUCACAAUGGGUCCAAGGCAGGGGCGGACUGACAACUCAUGGGGCCCCCAGGCAAUAGGGGAUCAUGGGGCCCCUGUGUCCUUGCCCAAACUCAAAAAAGCCUAUGAAAAAGGUACCAGGGGCAUCUCAUGGGGCCCCCUACUGACCCCUGGCCCUCGGGCAGUGCCCGAGUUUCCAAAUGGUCAGUCCGCCCCUGGUCCAAUGAUUUCAUCCCAAUAC